AUGACCCCAACUAACCCUGACUCUGAAGCAGCAUCGCUCUCGGUCAGGAAAGAGGUGCUUGUACCUGCGCCCGCUAAGAAGAAGGCUCGUCGACCAAGUGUGAAACCAAUGUGUAUUGGCACGAAAGUAACGCCUCGAAAUCUGUGUGCUCUCGAUUGGCAAGCAAAUGGUCACCAGCGUGAACCGGCUAGUGCAUUCGCACUCUACUGA